AUGUCUUUUCUCAGCCGCGCCGCUCCAGUUACCCGCCUCUCCAUUGCUCCUGCACGAUCAGCCGUCUACGCAGCGUCGAGGCCGGCACUCUUCUCCACUACCCCCCAACGAGCCGAUAAGGGACCUAUCGACGCCACAAAAGAUACCCUCAAGAAGGCCGAUAGGAUAGUAUCCAAUGCUGCUGUGAAAGGAAUAGAGAAAGGCGAGCAGGCUGGUCAUAAAAUCAAGGAAACUUUUGGCCACGGUGCCGCAAAGGCUGAACAUGAGGGGAAGAAGGCUGCUGCCAAGGGCAAAGAAACCGCCCAGCAGGCAAAGGAGAAAACCAUUGAUUUAGGAGAGCAGGCCCGAGAGGAGGCAGAGGAGUUGUCCGGGAAAGCAUAG